GCAUUACUCUUCCUUCCACGUCUGCAGCAAAAACAAGCUCUUGUUCGCUAGCUGGCCUCUACAUAGUCGCACUCAACAUUUCCCUUUAAACCCACAAGGGGUCUCUCAUUGGAUUUUAUCAAGAUCUGUAACCCAAUCUUGAAUGCCCAAUAUUUCCUCUUCGAUCAGUUUCACUCCAAAGAAAUUGUCGAACGCAGCUACUUGCUCCGAUUCAGUCUUGAAAACAGCCAGAACCUCCGUCUUGGCACCCAGAUUCUCUUUGACAUCCCGCCUGCCAACAUGCGCUUCCAUAGAUUUCCUGUUUGCCCAACGCCUCUUUACUUUCAUCAUGCCCUUUUCCUCCCUUGCCCACCUCCUUCGCCCUGCGCAAGAACUUCAUCAACAGCACCGUAUACGUCUGCCAGUUCCGGGGACGCGACCCAGUCCACCAAUCCACCACAUCCCAGUCUAUAGGCAUGAACUCGAGUUCCAGAAAACAACAGAAGGAGUUCCAUUUCUCGACACCACCGUUGCGGUACUGGUAAAUCUACAACUUGCUCUCCUCGCCGCAGUGCGUCUGCGUCGGAAUCCAGUCCCUUACCAGCCGGGUUUCCUGGCUGCCAAGAUUCCGGCGCACGAGUCCCGACCGAGAGGCAUGGGUAUGGUGGCGCCAUCACCACCGAAGACGACAUCGACGUAGUAUUGAUCUCCCGAAGGGGUUAGGGUUAUGAUAUUGACGAUGUGGAUCCAUCCCAGAAAAUCGCCGCCGGUGACAUCGUGGAAGUCUCGCGCAGGAUGUGGAUGUAGAAGAGGGCGACUUCCAUGCAGUAGCCGCGGCGGCGGCACUUGUCGAGGACGAUUUUCUGGAAGAUUUGUUUGGGUUGACUCGAUCUAACUGUCCAAAGACGGCUGAGAAAUUGAGCAAUGGGAAGCUAGCUACUCAUGAUGCGCUGCAAGAUGGUAACUCGUUGCAUAAAUCUGAAUGAGACUGACUUCCCCUGAAUAUGGGAAAUGAACAACGCUACCCUGGAGCCAAAUUCUGCCCUAAAUCGCUACUUCACCGCCUAUGUGGGAGGCGGGGGAAAUGAUGCCCUGUCGCAAGUGUUACA